GUAGGCACUGUACUGGAAUUCUUCAGAUGAACAAGUUUACGGUAUGUAUCGUUUUCUGCCUCACCAACCGUUUAAAUGUUUCAGAAUUUGUAAUUCUGUUUCGUGAGGUCCAAUCGUGCUAUAUCCUUCGUGACCCCGACUCAAGUUGAACUUUCUUUCCUUCAUGCUAUGUGUUUUUCCACCGAGGUCUUGUUGUACUGAUAAAUACCCACAAGAGUCAUGGUUAAUUGGGGGAGACGAUCCCUUGGUUGUUAUCUUUGUCGUGCUAGAAGGAUCAAGGUAAGUUUAACUACUUCGUAUCUGACUGAAUUUCCAAAGAUGCUAAUGACAUGGCAUGAUAGUGUGAUGAGACCAAACCAGCCUGCAACCAGUGUGUAAAGACGCGACGAACAUGUCCCGGGUAUCGCGAGCUCUCCACCAUCAAAUCCCCUGGAUCCAGAACGUCCCCGGAUAGGCAACCAAAUAUUAUUGAUCGAGGUCGGAAUACUGUUUCUCCCCCACGGGUCGUGAGCCAUGUUUCCACACCUAUAUCGGUGGAUGUGGAACAGCAGGCACUAUGUUUCUUCCUCACCAACUUCGUGCUUACUUCUAUGGGCGAUAAAAUGAAAGGGAAAUUGGACUUUGUGGUUCCCAUGUUGUCGUCUGGGAAUAAGACGCCGUUGAAUACGGCUUUUACUGCGUUGACGUUUGCGGCGCUGGGCAACGAGCCGAGUGGGAAGUGUCUUAUUCCUGGAGCGAGGAGGCAGUAUCAUAGAGCUAUGCAGGAGGCUAAGUUGGCGUUGAAGGAUCCGACGACUGCUACUUUGGAUUCGACGCUGGCUACUGUUGUGUUGUUUGGCUAUUUUGAGGUAGGUUUUAUAUCAGUUAUUGAGAGGGUGUUUUGACGUGAAAAUCUCCAGGGAGUUACGGCGGAUAGGUUUGCGCCUGUGAUUGCUCACAUUGAUGGUGCGGUGACUUUAUUGAAGCUGAGAGGGCAUAAGCAACCAGAGAGCCAAUAUUUCUGUCAGCUAUUCAAAGAGAUUCGACAACAAGCCGUACGUACUUUUUCUCGGGGAAAAGUGUUGCUUUUACUGACUUUCAAAAGACAGUAAAUGCUUUCGUCCGGGCGAUAUCCAUCGACAAAGAUGUAGACUGGUUCAUGAUAGAUGAACCCGACCACCGCCGAGAAGCAGCGGAACUUAACAUUCUCACCACAACCCUCCAAGAAGACUGCGAAAGGCUUCUGAAUUUGGCAACCCGUACCAAGGCCGCCUUGAAACAGGUUACCGAACUGUCAAUUAGAGCAGAAGCGCUUGAAGCCCGAUUCCUGAAAUGGAGCAAGUCUCUUCCCAAAAGUUGGCAACCAAGAACAGUCGCUUGGACAGACUACAUCCGCGACAUCGAUCUCGAAAAAUCCAACAUGUUCCCAGGAAAAGCAGAUUUAUACGAAGACAUCGACAUAGCCACAACCUGGAACCUCUCGCGGGGCGCACGACUAAUCGUCUCCUCUGUCUGGAUCCGAUGUACUGCCUUCCUCCACCAUCCAAACGACUACCGCGUCUCCCACGAAUACGCCAAAGCAUGGCGCGUUGGCUCCGAAUGGAUUGGUGAUAUCAUUGCUAGUGUCCCUUAUUUCUGUGGAUGGCAGUACACUGAGGGAUUCGAGGGCGAUUAUGAUGAUCAUCUGACGAAGUUUGCGAAGUUGGGGUAUUUUACUAGUCCCGGCAAGGGGAUUAAUGGAAUGAUGUUGAUGUGGCCGUUGUUGAUGGCGAGGUGCUCGGAUUACGCUAGUGUGCGGCAGAGGAAGUGGUUGGCGGGGAGGAUGGAUCUGAUUCCGAAGAGGAUGGGGUUUAAUAAUUCGAUUGAGUUUUCGGAGGUAAGUAUUUUCCCUUCUUUUUGAAGGGUAGAGCAGUGCGAAGAGUGAGUAGUUGACGAGAUUUAGGUUGAUAUUUGCCUCCCGUCUGCUAUGAUAAUGAAGGAUACCGCUAUGAUACCCGGGAGCGUCUAUACGGAUUGCUGGAGAGGGCCAAAUGCGAGACCGAGUACUGAUGAGUCUGUACAGGAGAGCAAUUUUUUGAAUAGAUCGAUGGACGAGGAACAGUUAGAGGAGGUGAGACAAAAGAUGGUUAGAGUAGAUUCAUGAGACAUAACAAACUCACAGUAUGAAAUGUGCGUUUCUUAUGGUAGAUUUACUGGGCAGCAUUAGAUGGAGAGGCUGUAAUAUUAGUGGCUACAUAUGGAUGAAUUAAGAUUUCACCUACUAGCCUCGUUGUUAGGGGCCGGAAGAGCGGCGAAAUCUGUGCCUGUAAAGACCCUUUUCCCAAGAGACAAAUCCGAUAUCUUGCAAAGCAAUCGAAAGUAUAGACUUGUUGCAAGAGCAAAAGUUUCCG